AAACAAAAAAAAUUCCAACUGCAAACAAGUAAUUGUAUAUCUGGCUUUGUGACUUUAAAUUCCUUAUUUCCUUUGGGACAUAGACUAAAUAAAUGCCAAAAGGAUACGCCAUUCAACAAUUCUAAAGUGCGUUCAAACUUUGUGUUGUCUUUUCAUAAUUAAGAAUGGCUCACUCUACACUAAAGCUAUUUUAUUUCGACACGGAAGGUCGGGCGGAAGUCGCUAGGAUUAUUUUGGCGGCCGCUGGGAAAACAUUCCAAGACAUUCGCUGCAACGAAGACGAUUGGCUGCAGCAGAAGACCAGAGCUCCUUACGGACAAGUUCCGGUCUUGGAGGUGGAUGGGGUGGCAUUCGCCCAGAGUUUAGCCAUCAACGCCUUUCUGGCUAGAGAGUUCGGUUUCUAUGGCAACACGAAUUUGGAAAACUUUAAAAUUGAUGAAAUCGUUCAUCUCGUCAAUGAUUUUAUGACUGCCGCCACUAAAGUCUUGUUCCUGACACCAAACCAGGAGGAACAAGCCUCGGGAACACGGGAACUGAAAGAGGAAACCGGACCUCGGAUGUUGGGAUUCCUGGAGAAGUUCCUGAGAAGCAGCGGAAGUGGAUAUUUUGUCGGGGAUAGGUUGACGUUAGCGGAUAUUUGCGUGUUGGAUAUUGUGACUGGGUCCUUCGCCUUGCUGUUGGAUGUUAACAAUAGCUACCCGCUGCUAAGAAAAAAUUUGGAGCUAACAAAAGCCCACCCGAAAAUUGGAGCGUACUUAAUUUCGAGAGAGACUCGAGAAUAAGUAUUGGACAUGCACACACACCCACACACA